GAGACACUUUUUCAAAAAAAAAAAAAAAAAAAAAGAAGACAGUGUAGUCCUCAUGAUGGGCAUCUGCCUGGGAAACUGCUCUGAAUACUGAUCUGCCAACCCCACGUUCUAUUCGGGAGAACAUGGCUACCCUACGGUAUUCCUCUUGUUCUCCCCCCAAACCCCUUUCUCAUUUUUGUCGUGUUGUGCCUGUGCAGGAUCCUGUUGACGUCAUCAUCUUCAUCUCCUUAUCAUCACCUUCACCAUCAUCAUCAUCAGCAGCAGCAGCAGAAGCAGGAGAAGCAGCAGCAGCAGCAGGAGGAGAAGAAGAGUUUCUGGACUGUUUAUAUAUACAUAUAUAUAGAUAUACACAGCAUUCCAUGUUGUUGAGCCAAUCAAUGGAGGCCGUUGAUUUGCUGCAAUCAAUGGGACAUCAUAGCGGUUUUGCUGGGAUGGAGAACCCUCUCCUAGAUAACAUAUCAGCAUCUCCUGGGAGUGAGCGGCACUUCACACCAUGGGACAUGGCGCUUUGGGAAAGGGAAAUGAUGAAGUUGGCGAGUCAAGGGGCAUCUGUUGAGGGCAGCAUUGGUUGCAAGAGUCCCAUAGGUCCCAUGUGUGCCAUGGGUACCAUGCAUCCGAUGGAGGUAUUGGGCCCAGCGACUCUUGUGAAUCAGCAGGCAUAUGAAACCUUCCGCGACCGGCUGAGCAUGGACGGGUGCCAGAUGGCCACAGAGACGUCGAUGGGUUUCCGCGGUUGCUUAGAGGAUGGUGUGGGAGCGGGACCAGAGAUGGAUAUUCGGUCGCCGCCGGCAAGUGAGGGUCACGAGGCGUUAGAGCGUUGGCUAGCAAGGCCAUCAUCGAUGACCGUGGGCUCGCACAGCUUCCCCUGUGCGGCUCAAGUGUCUGAUGCGGCGGGGAUGUCGUCAGCGAUCCCUUUCCUCGCUAGCGAUCUGAAGAAUCAUGAUCUUAACACCAAAUUGAUGUGGGCUCGCAAUGCAGCAGCCGAAUAUGGUAGCGAUCAUCAUGGCCAAUUUGUAGCGACUGCACGGGCGCUCAGUGGUCUUUUGCAAUACGGCGACGAUGACCGAGGGAACGGCUACAGCAGUCGGAGUUCGGACAAACGGAAGCCGCUGGUUAUGAAGUCGAUGAAUAGCGAAUAUGCGAACCAAGUGGCAGAGGAGGCUGAGUGCCCGAACCAAGCGCAUAGCUGUACCAGUCGCUGGAGCCAGGAGUCGACUCUCCACCAUCUACCAAUCCUCCCAAUGAACAUGAAUGAGCUUGCACUGGUUGUGGCUGGGAAGCACACUCAUUGGCUAACAGACGAGAAUGCGAAGGUCAAGCAGUUUCUCAGAAUGGACAGUCCGCUGUUCGCCGAAGAUGGCGAGUGCGACUCCGCGGAAACAGAUGAGAGUUCUUCGAUCGCCAUGCGUCCUCUUCGCGCCGCGGACAACAAAGCGGUGUUGACGACGACAACAACGCUACCCUGCGAGCCUGGCAAUCCAAGACAAAACCCCCUCGCGUGCAGUCCGUUGAGCGAUCGAAGGUGUUCGAACGAGAGCUUGAUGUGCGCUCUGGCAAAUGAGAGUCUGGCAAGAGUUCUGACGAGCGACGGUCUGAUCGUGGGGCAACGUCGAGGCCAGUCGCCGCUACAGGACCCAUCUAUGACCAUUGCAAGCAUUCUGAUGAACAGGGGUCUUGCUGCACACCCCGCCUCCGUUUGCGGCCCAGACGUCAGUGCCUUCUUGACCAAGAGUCCUCCAACUGCCAGUGCCAAUCCCCAAUGCCAGCUGCGUAAGGGACAGGAAAAGCGGCGUGAGCAGCAGAGGCCCUGUGAGCGGCACGAGCAGCGAAUCGACAUCGCGGCACCAUGCAGAUCUCAGAUCGAGUCCGGACAACUGAAUGCAGGGUCUAUGUUGCCGCUGGAGGUUCUUGGGCCUCCCAUCAGCUAUGGUGAUCCUGCUCCACUUCAAGUCCUCGAGAAGAACUACAAGAGCUGUGAAGACACCAUAGCCACCAGCUUGACGAUGGAUCGCAUCCCUUCCGCAGGGGCUCAUCAGUCGACACGUGCGUCAUCGGGUAAUGAGAGCGGUCAAGAAUCGAUUAUCAGCACCACCUCCUUGUCUCCCUUCAGUGUUAUUGAUGACGAUCCAACAUGCAUCGAGGGCCGGACAACGCUACAGGAUAUAAACCGACACAUCCAAAACAAGCGGAAGUUUGAUGCCAUGUUUCCGCAGAAGGAUGCGGAGGAGUGCAGUGUGACGGAAUCGGCGGCAGCGGCUGCGAAGAUGGCGCGGUCCUUAUCCAUGGAAUCUAUAAGAAGCGUGCAGCCGUCGAUCGCCCAGACGCAGAAUCGGGAGGAAAUCGCAACAGUUAGCAUGCCUCGAUCUCUCUCGUUAGGGAAUGGGGCGGUGCAGGAGCAAAACCAGGGUAAUACACUCAGCGGUGGAAUCAUCAACUGCAGCAGCAGCGGGAGCAAUAGCACCAAUGGAGGCCUCCUUUCCAAAAAUGGAAGCUUCCAUUCCAAAAGUGGAAAGGUUGUUGUGAGGGUAACAAAGCUGCUAAAGACUAGGGAGAGUGGAAGUGUGACUUUGAGGAGGACUUCUCUAUAGCAAGCAGAGAGAGAGAGAGAGAGAGAGAGAGAGAGAGAGAGAGAGAGAGAGAGAAAGAGAGAGGAAACUUCCAUUCUGCUUCUUCUUCUCUUCCACAUCCUCCUCAUCUUCAUGUUAUUCUUAUUUUGUAG